AUGUCCCCCAUGGAAGAAACAUUGGCAGAACAUAAGUACAUGCCCACCAUUCGGAAGAGUUAUACUGCAGGCUAUUUGCCUGUCUCCCACACUCCUCAGUUCCUCCCUAGUGCUACCUUUAUUAUUCUCUCUGCUCUGCUUCAGGAGGCUCUGGUCCGACCCCAGCCCUGGUGGAAGAUCCAGCUGUUUGUGUGGGAGCCUGUGCUGUUUGGUACCUGGGAUGGUGUGUUUACAUCCUGCAUGAUCAACAUUUUUGGGGUGGUCCUCUUCUUGAGGACUGGCUGGCUUGUGGGAAACACAGGUGUGCUUGUGGGCAUGUUCCUGGUGUCCUUUGUCAUCGCGGUGGCCCUCAUCACUGUGCUGUCUGGCAUAGGCGUGGCUGAGCACUGUGGCGUGGGCAGUGGUGGUGUUUAUUCCAUGAUCUCCUCUGUUCUCGGUGGCCGAACUGGGGGCACCAUCGGGCUGCUCUACGUCUUAGGGCAGUGUGUUGCAGGUGCCAUGUACAUCACUGGCUUUGCUGAGUCCAUCUCAGAUUUGCUGAGUCUCAGGAACAUCUGGGCUGUACGAGGCAUUUCUGUGGUGGUGCUUCUGGCCUUGCUGGGGAUUAACCUCGCCGGAGUCAAGUGGAUCAUCCGGCUCCAGUUGCUGCUGCUUUUCCUACUGGCUGUGUCCACGCUGGACUUCGUAGUGGGCUCCUUCACACACCUGGACCCAGAGCAUGGUUUCAUCGGCUAUUCACCCGAACUGCUGUGGAACAACACUCUGCCCUCUUACAGUCCUGGGGAAUCUUUCUUCACUGUCUUCGGUGUGUUCUUCCCUGCAGCAACAGGAGUCAUGGCCGGCUUCAACAUGGGGGGUGAUCUCAGGGAGCCCGCCGCCAGCAUCCCCUUGGGCUCCUUAGCAGCUGUUGGCAUCUCGUGGUUUCUUUAUAUCGUCUUUGUCUUCCUGCUUGGUGCCAUCUGCACCCGAGAGGCCCUGCGCUAUGACUUCAUGAUUGCUGAGAAGGUGUCCCUAGUGGGCUUCCUGUUCCUCCUGGGCCUUUACAUCUCAUCCCUGGCCUCCUGUAUGGGAGGCCUCUAUGGAGCCCCCCGAAUCCUGCAGUGCAUUGCUCAGGAGAAAGUGAUUCCUGCUCUGGCCUGUCUGGGUCAAGGGAAAGGCCCGAAUAAAACGCCAGUUGCUGCCAUCUGCCUGACCAGCAUGGUCACCAUGGCCUUUGUCCUGGUGGGGCAGGUGAAUGUUCUGGCUCCUAUCGUCACCAUCAACUUCAUGCUGACAUACAUUGCUGUGGAUUAUUCCUACUUCUCCCUAUCCAUGGGUCCCUGCAGCCUUUCACAGGUGGCUGAGUUGGGGGACAGGGAAGAUUCAAGAGCUCUCCACUGUACUGAACACCUGAUCUUGGAGAAGACACCCCGUUACGGCUCAGAGGGCUUUGCCAGCAGCCUGUCUGAGGGUACCCUGCUGCAGUUCACCAAGGACAUGGAUCAGCUCCUCCAGCUCACCAGAAAGCAGGAUAGUUGCCAGUCCAGGUGGACAGAGACUGAUGGAGACCCCGAAAACCUGAAGGGGAAGCACGAAAAGGACACCAGGCAAACUCUCAAAGACAGCUUCCUCCUGGAUCUUACACCCAACACUUCCUUGCCUUCUGAAGGUGUAGGUAGAGCAUCCCCCAUCUCCUGGGAUAGGCAGGACUUUGAUUGGAGCAAACAGACCUGUGGAAGCAGGGGUACUUGUCCUCAGGGAGCAGGUGAAGAACAGCCCAUCCCUGGGCUGAGCCGCCCUCCUCAUCCGAGUGCAGAUGAUAUUUUCCUGAAGUCUAGACUCCAGGAGCAUGAUGUCCAGAGGAGACCAAUUUCACUCUAUACCCGCAUAUGCAACCCCUGGAUCUCCUUGUUGGGAGCAGUUGGGUCCCUUCUCAUCAUGUUUGUGAUCCAGUGGGUCUAUGCUUUGGUUAACAUGGGUAUUGCUGUUAUCGUGUAUUUCUACAUUGGCCAAACCAGUCCUGGGCUCCAUCUUGGAUCAGCCUCCAACUUCAGCUUUUUCAGCUGGAUGAAGUCUCUUCUGACUCCCUCCUGCAGGAGUUUGAGAUCCCCUCGGGAGCAGAUAGUACUGGCACCAUCGCUGGUUAAGGUUGACAUGGAGAUGAUGCAGCUCACCCAGGAGAAUGCAGACUUUGCUGAGCGGGAUCGCUACCACCACUCCUCCCCAGUGAGCCGGGAACAGCUGAUGCCUCGGUACUAG